ACGAGUCCUUCAACCCUAAAACCCGGUUAGCUAUUUAAGAAUUGUUCUUCGCGCCGCUUUCAUCCUUCAGGUCAUUGCAUCUAGGGUUCUGCCUCCGCUUCGAUGGGGAAGGGUACGGGAAGCUUCGGUAAGAGGAGGAACAAGACCCACACUCUCUGCGUGAGGUGCGGCCGCCGCAGCUUUCACCUCCAGAAAAGUCGCUGCGCCGCCUGCGCUUUCCCCGCCGCUCGCAAGAGGAAGUACAACUGGAGUGUCAAGGCAAUCCGUAGAAAGACUACAGGAACUGGUAGGAUGAGGUACUUGCGAAACGUGCCUCGCAGAUUCAAGAGUGGAUUCAGAGAAGGUACCCAAGCCGCACCCAGGAAGAAGGGAGCAGCUGCCACUGCUUAAGUUUCUGGAAGAUUGUUGUUUUUCUGAAUCUGAGUACUGAUUUUUCGGCCUUGGAACGUGCUUCCUGGUUUUUCGGCCUCAUUGCUUGUCAUUUUCAUUUCCAUUAAUAUGUAGUUUCCAUAAGUUUGAACGAGAUUAUAAGAUGUUUUGUUUAUUCUACGAGAGUUUAAGAUCUAUAAUUUUUUCCCCCUUCA